AUGGAAAUGAAAUCCAAAAAAUAUGAUAACGAAAAUGAUUACAAAUAUUACAUAUUACAAAUUGGACGAAAAUAUACCUAUGUAGGGUUUUCCGGAUUACACAAGCCGAUAUCUGUUUUCAACACUCCUAAUUUUUUUAUAUAUAACGAGAAUUUUCAUAAUUGUGUAGACGAUGAAAAUCAAUUUGAUGAAAUAGCAAAGGGGCUUUUGAAAAUGGAAAGCAACAACAAUAAUGUGCCUAAGGAAGAGACGAGAUUAAAAAUGUGUAAAAUAAAAAAUGAAGAUAUAAUAAAAGAAGAAGAUAGUUCAGAAACUGAUAAAACAAGUGAUUAUGGUAUUAACAAGCUAUUUGAAAAUGGUGAUCAAAUAUAUGAUGAAGUAUUAGAAACUUGUGAAAAUAAUGAAAGGGUGGAAAAAAUGAAAGAGAGUAAACUAUACCACUAUGAGUAUAAGUACAAUCAAGAUAUUAAUUUAUGGAAUAAAUUUUUUGAAGAAUUUUGUUUUCAAAUAUUUGAUAGGAUUAUUAAAACAAGUAAUAAAGCAAAAAAGGUUAUUGUUGUUAUGAAUAUGUUUAUUCCUACUAUAAUUAGAUAUUCUCUUUGUAAAUGUUUAAUAGAAAAUUUAAAUUAUUAUUCGAUUUCUUAUAUUAAUGAUUUAGUAUCACCAUUAUUUUUAUGUAACUGUAAUACAUGUCUCGUAAUUGAUUUGGGAUAUUUAAAUUGCCGACUGUUGCCAAUAAUGAAUGGUCUUCCAUUAUAUCAUCAUUACACGUAUAUAUAUAAUGGAGGGUUUUACAUAAAUCAAGAAAUAAAAAGGCUGUUAAAAGAGCAAUACAUAAAAGGGGAAAUAAAAGAAUUGGCAACCCGUGAACCUGCUUAUGAAUCUGGAAACUUUUCAUGUGAAAACAAAAAUGAUGACAAUGAGAAAGAGGAAAUAAAUGUGAAUAACUACAAUAUGAAUAACGAAAUUUGGAUUAAUGAAAAUGAGUCAGAAAAUAUAUUUAGAAAACAUUUAGAAAUGUAUGACCUUGAAAGAAUUUUAAAUAUUAUAGAAAAUAUUUCAGAUGAUGAAAUUGAAGCUAUAAAAAUAAAAUAUUGUUAUUUAAAAAAUGAAGAAACUAAGUUUGUUAGUGAUAAAUAUAUUUUAUAUAAACUAGAAAAUGGUGAAAUAAUAAUAACACCAGAAACUCGAUGGAAAGCUUGUGAAAUAUUAUUCAAUAAAAAGAAUGAUCAAAAUAUAUAUUCUUUAUUAUCAAGUAUAUUGAAUAAAUUAAAUACGUUUGAAGUAUCUGUUUUUCAAAAUAUUUUGUUAGUUGGAGGUUGUAGUAAUAUUAAAGGGAUUGUUUCAAAAAUUGCAAAAGAAUUUUCUCAAAUUAUAAGAAAAAAAAAUACACACACACAAAAAAAUAAUAGCUAUAAUCAAAAUAGCGGGAAAAAUAAAAAAAAAUAUAUAGAAAAAUUAGAAAAUAAUAUGAAUUUUAUAUUUCCUAAAACAUCUCCUAAUUUAAGACAAUUUUUAGGGGCUUCUAUUUGUUCAAAUUUAGAAAAUUUACCUGAUUAUAACAAUGAGCAUAUAUAUAACAAUGUUUUAUAUGACCAUUUAAAUGAGGAUGUCUAUAUGACAUUUAAAAGAUAA